CAUUAUUUUGACACUCUUAACUGUAUUUUAUUAUAUACUUGAAUAUUUAAACUUUUCUUUAUUUGCAAAUACCAGUGAAUACUAACGACAUAUAUUGCAUUUAGUUUUCACCACUAAUAACACAUGUAUGCACAUUGGAUUUGAUGUCAAGCAAACAACUGCAUUCCGUGUGCAUUUCGAAUUAAUCAUGGCUAAUUUAACAAUGACAAUAAGUGAUUUCGAAGAUGAAAAAUUCAGGAAUUUAUUGCCACCUAUAGUUUUUAUCGUGAUUACUUUAAUAAUUGGAGUUCCUGGGAACAUCGUAGUUCUGGUUAUUUAUGGUAAGAAAUAUGUUAAAAGCGUACACAGAACUAUUGUUUGGAAUCUAGCAGUGGCGGAUCAGAUAUUCUGUACGAUAGGAAUACCAUUUAACAUUGCUCGGAUAGUACACUAUUAUUCAUUUGAAGGAGAAUGGGCAUGUGUUGUGUUUGUUGUUUUGCUGUAUUUCCUACUGUUGUAUUCAACACACUUAUUACUACUUCUAUCCAUUCACAGAUUCCGGAAGAUAUGCUUCCCGCUGAGAACACAAAUAAGUUUGGAUAACGUCAACUACUGGGUAAUUGCUUGCUUCAGCAUUGCACUCAUCCUAUCUGCACCACAUUUUGGCCUCUCUAAAUACGAAAAAAUAAAAGUUGGAUAUAACUUAACUGGCUUUAGCUGUGCUAUAUCACUUUCCAAUCCGUCAAUUUAUUCCACUGCAUUCAGUUACGGUUUUCUAGCAUUGUUCUUUGUUUACACAAUUGUCUUAGUCGUGAUAUACUCGAUUAUAGGACGGAAAUUAUACAUACAGCAUACGGGACGAAUCAAAAAGAAAAUCACCAGCUCUACACAGAAGGCUAUUUCAAGUAAAAUGACCAAAAUCGCUUUUGCAAUAUCUAUGGUUUUUGCAGUGAGUUACAUUCCACUGUUUAUACUUCAGAUUACAGAGAAAAUGAUCGAUAAGGACGAUCUAAACACUUUCCAGUUUGCAAUGUUAAGGAUUGGCGAAAGACUUUAUCUUGUCAACCACGUUGCAAACCCAUUUAUAUACGGGAUAUUUGAUAACCAAUUCAAGAAACAUUUUAAAAAACUUAUUACGUGCAAUUGGCGCCAUGACGAAACAAAAAGCAACAAUAGAGAUUCUACUACUGUAACAGAAGUUCAGCUUGAGCAGUUUAUAAAUACUAAUGUGUAACGGAAUAAUGUAAGGUAUAAAUUUGACGAUACACCGACGACAGCCAGGGAAACGAUACAAAGCGAUCCUAUAUUCUGUCGUCGGUGUCUUCAUUGUUGAAGUUAGGUUUGUGGUUAAAGUGUUUUUUUCUAAUAUCAAUAACCUUCACAGAUUAUUAUGAAAGUGAGAAAAGGCUAUUUCAUGAACAAAAGACAGUAUCCAGAAUAAAGUUUAAAAAAUA